AUAGUAUCAUUAAACAAGUCAAAAACGUCACACCAUUAUCCUCACACACCAAUCCUAUAAAUACAGACUCACACACCAAUCCUCUUCUUCAUCAUCUAUUAACUUAACAAUGGCGUCCUCUCCGACCACCUUCUUCUCCGUCAUUGUUCUAUUCCUCUUCUCACUCUCAUCAUCAUCUGCUGCUAAAACAUCAUCAUCAUUCCGACCUAAAGCUCUCAUUCUCCCAGUGACAAAAGACCGUUCUACCCUCCAAUACAAAACCGUCAUCAACCAACGCACACCUCUCGUCCCCGCUUCCCUCGUCUUCGACCUCGGUGGUCGUGAACUCUGGGUCGACUGUGAUAAAGGCUACGUCUCCACCACUUACCGCUCCCCUCGCUGCCACUCCGCCGUCUGCUCACGCGCAGGCUCCACCAGCUGCGGCACAUGCUUCUCCCCUCCCAGUCCUGGCUGUAGUAACAACACUUGCGGCGCUAUUCCUGAUAACUCCGUCAGCGGAUGGGCUGCUUCCGGCGAAUUCGCUAUAGACGUCGUCUCGAUCCAGUCCACUAACGGAUCCAAUCCGGGCCCGUUCGUUAAAAUCCCCAAUCUUAUCUUCGGUUGCGGAUCAACGUCUCUUCUUAAAGGCCUCGCUAAAGGAGCCGUUGGUAUGGCCGGAAUGGGACGUCACAACAUCGGCUUACCGUCUCAGUUCGCCGCCGCGUUUAGCUUCAACCGCAAGUUCGCCGUUUGUCUAACUUCCGGCAAAGGAGUCGCCUUCUUCGGCAACGGACCUUACGUUUUCCUCCCCGGAAUCCAGAUCUCGAGGCUCCAAACGACGCCGCUUCUCACCAAUCCGGUGAGCUCUGCUUCUGCGUAUUCACAAGGUGAGAAAUCCUCGGAGUAUUUCAUCGGCGUGACGGCGAUUAAGAUCGUCGAUAAAAAAGUUCCGAUCAGUUCAAAGCUUUUGAAGAUUAACAGGAGCACUGGAUUCGGAGGAACCAAGAUCAGCUCCGUGAAUCCUUACACGGUGAUGGAGUCAUCCAUCUAUAAUUCUUUCACGUCGGAGUUCGUUAGACAAGCAGCGGCGAGGAACAUCACCAGAGUUGCGUCUGUUAAACCGUUCGGCGCGUGUUUCAGCACUAAGAACGUCGGCGUCACGCGCGUGGGAUACGCCGUGCCGGAGAUCCAGCUUGUGCUUCACAGCAAGGACGUCGUGUGGAGGAUCUUCGGAGCCAACUCCAUGGUGAGUGUCAGAGAUGACGUCAUCUGUUUGGGUUUCGUUGACGGAGGAGUCAACGCGAAAACCUCUGUUAUGAUCGGAGGUUUCCAGCUGGAGGAUAAUUUGGUUGAAUUUGAUUUGGCGAGUAACAGAUUUGGGUUUAGUUCUACCUUAUUGGGCCGUCGCACUAACUGCGCCAACUUCAGUUUCACUUCCACUGCUUAGAUUGGAUUAAUUUUUGUUUUAUCAAUUUCCUUGCCAAAAAAAACAAAUGUGUUUCAGAAUCUAUUAUGUUAUUUUGCCAAAAAAAACAAAUGUGUUUCAGAAUCUAUUAUGUCAUUUUCUAUCACUUGAUCUCAAUAAAUAAUAUGAUGCAGACAUGCAGUGAGUUAUUUGAUAUAAAUUUUGAAGUCUCAUAUGAUGUGGUUGUCUCAAAUUCAUUCACAGCUGAAGGAGAGAAAACAUACGAAUCCGUUCCUCCACUCAUAGGUGUAAAACUGUGUUGGAAUUUGAAAACAAAACUCAAAUAUUAAAACCUUGAUUCCCCAGCCAACUUCAACAAGUAACGAAGUGAUAGUUGCUGUUGCAUGCAACUAAAGUCAACAAUUUCACUAUGAUAGGAAAGAAGAAAACACACGACUUUGCUUUCUCCAGUCAUGCUAGACUCAUCAAGGUAGCACUCAGUGUGCAGGAACCUAAAAAUAAAUUUAAUUUCGAUUAGACACAUGGUGUUAUGAACAAAAACAAAAUGAUACUUGGAGAAAACAGAUCAGCCACCUGAUUGCCAAUGUUGAGAGGUAUGACAUCACCCACCACAAUAUCAUAGAAUGAAAUUUAAUGAGGCUGAUUGUAAUCGCAUCUCUAUCACUUAUGUGUGAUUCGUUUGAGAUCAAAAGAUAAAGGGAGUUAUCUGCUAACAGGCUGGUAUCUGUUA